AUGGAUAAUAUUAUUAAUAUGGAAAGUGGUACCUUCCACAGUGUUUUGCAAACAGUAGACCAAAAGUUCUAUUCAUUUGGAUCUAAUGAAUUUGGCGAAUUAGGAUAUGCUAAUAAAUCAGCCAAUGAACUAAAAUUAAUUGAAUUACCAUUUACUAUUAAGGAAGGUGAUGAAAUUCAAAUUUGUUGUGGUAAAAAUUUUACUAUUUUUAUUCAUGAAACAGAUAAUGAGAAUAGUCUCAAGAUUAAUGAUAUUAUGGUAACUGAUAAUUUUAAGUUCAAUUAUGAAAUUAAUUCUAAUUUUUAUUUAGAUUUAAAUUUAUUAAAAAAUAUUUCAAAUGAUUUUUAUAAUUUAAUUAAAAAUGAUAUAAUUGAACAUUUAAAUGAGAAUGACCAAAAAGUUUUAUAUUAUUUAAUUAAAAACGCAAUUAUUGAUUUAAAUUGUUUAAAUAUAGAUGAUUUAUUUAGUAAUUAUGAUAAAUUUAUUAAUUUCAUUUCAUUUGGAGAAUUAGAAUUAAAUUUAGUAACUUGUCUAUUUAUAUUAAAUGAUAUUAAUGAUAUCAAGCAUGAAAUUAAAUUAUUGUUAUUUAAUGACAUUUCAAAUAGAAUGAAUGUAGAUAACAUUAUGAGGAUUUUACGAAUAGUUAAUAAUUAUCUUUCUUUAAAUAUUUUAAAACAAGCUAAAAAUAGUAUUUUGCUAUUGUUGGCAAAUAAGUGUCUUGCAUUUAUUAAAGAAAAUGCAACUUUAUUGAAAUCAGAUCCAUUAUUCGAAAUUAUUCAAGAUAAAAUUAAUAAUGUUAAACAACCAUUUAAACAAAUUAAUUAUAAAAUUGAUAAUCUUGAAAAUAUUGCCAAAAAUGUAACUGAAUCAUUAAAAUUAUUAUAUAAUGAUGAAAGUAAUAGUGAUAUUCAUGUAAUUAUUAAUAAGGAUAAAAAUGAAUUAUUGCAAUUACAUAAAUCAAUUCUAUCCGUUCAUAGUUCAGUUUUAAAUAUUCUAUUUAAAAAUAAUGAAAAUAAUGUGGUUGACUUGUAUGAAUUCAUUGAAAUGAUGGUAUCAGAUCAUUGGAUUAUUGAUUUGUUCAAUAAUUCAGCUAAAAUUAAUACAAUAUUACAAAUCAUAUGUAAAUUAUGUUAUGGAUAUGAGUUCAAUUACCUUAAAUUGAAUGAUUUGGUUGGUAUUUUAAUCAUUGCACAACAAUUGGAUAUUACAUGGAUUGUUAAACAUGUCUGUAUCUUGAUUGUUGAAAAAUUAUAUUCCAUUAAUGAUACUGAAUUUAUUAUAUUACUAAAUUUAGCUUCAGUUUCACAAAAUAAUAAUGAUUGUAGAGAGCUAGUUGAGUAUUUCAAGAUAUUUUGCUCAAAUAAUUUAACUCUUGAUUAUUUACAAAAAAUCCAAUUAUCUUGUCAAGAAAAUAUACCAUGCAAUAAUUUCUUGAAAGUUAUUAUCGAUUAUUGGUUGAGAGUAAACAGAAAAUAA